UCGGGGGUUUCUGGAGAGCUGAACACGUGGAGGCAGACAGGAAGGUGAAGAACUUAUCCUAUGAGGACAAAAGCUCCUGCACCCAGGAUCCUUCUACACCUCACCUAAUGUAUCUCUUCAUCUGACUGAGCCCUCAGCCUGUAGGAUCAGACACUCUUUCCAGGACUCAAAAUUGCCUUCUCUGAGGUAAAGGAACACAAGAUGGUUUUGGAAAUGCUGAACCCGAUGCAUUAUAACAUCACCAGCAUGGUGCCUGAAGCCAUGCCUGCUGCCACCAUGCCAAUCCUGCUGCUCACUGGCCUUUUUCUCUUGGUGUGGAAUUAUGAGGGCACAUCCUCAAUACCAGGUCCCGGCUACUGCAUGGGAAUUGGACCCCUUAUCUCCCACGGCAGAUUCCUGUGGAUGGGGAUCGGCAAUGCCUGCAACUACUACAACCGGAUGUAUGGAGAAUUCAUGAGAGUCUGGAUCUCUGGAGAGGAAACACUCAUUAUCAGCAAGUCCUCAAGUAUGUUCCAUGUAAUGAAGCACAAUCAUUACAGCUCUCGAUUUGGCAGCAAACUUGGGCUGCAGUGCAUUGGUAUGCAUGAGAAAGGCAUCAUAUUUAACAACAAUCCAGAUCUCUGGAAAACAACUCGGCCCCUCUUUAUGAAAGCUCUGUCAGGCCCUGGCCUUGUUCGCAUGGUCACAGUCUGUGCUGAAUCCCUCAACACACACCUGGACAGGUUGGAGGAGGUGACCAAUGAGUCAGGCUUCGUCGACGUGUUGACCCUCCUGCGUUGCGUCAUGCUGGACACCUCUAACAUGCUCUUCUUGAGGAUCCCUUUGGAUGAAAGUGCCAUCGUGUUUAAAAUCCAAGGUUAUUUUGAUGCAUGGCAAGCUCUCCUCAUCAAACCAGACAUCUUCUUUAAGAUUUCUUGGCUAUACAAAAAGUAUGAGAAGUCUGUUAAGGAUUUGAAAGAUGCCAUAGAAGUUCUGAUGGCAGAAAAAAGACGCAGGAUUUCCACAGAAGAGAAACUGGAAGAACAUAUAGACUUUGCCACUGAGUUGAUUUUAGCCGAGAAACGUGGUGACCUGACAAGAGAGAACGUGAACCAGUGCAUGUUGGAAAUGCUGAUUGCAGCUCCUGACACCAUGUCUGUCUCUCUGUUCUUCAUGCUAUUCCUGAUUGCAAAGCACCCUAAUGUGGAAGAGGCAAUAAUGAAGGAAAUCCAGACUGUUGUUGGUGAGAGAGACGUAAAGAUUGAUGAUAUACAAAAAUUAAAAGUGGUGGAAAAUUUCAUUUAUGAGAGUAUGCGGUACCAGCCUGUUGUGGACUUGGUCAUGCGCAAAGCCUUAGAAGAUGAUGUAAUUGAUGGCUACCCAGUGAAAAAGGGGACGAACAUUAUCCUGAAUAUUGGAAGGAUGCACAGACUCGAGUUUUUCCCCAAACCCAAUGAAUUUACUCUUGAAAAUUUUGCAAAGAAUGUUCCUUAUAGGUACUUUCAGCCAUUUGGUUUUGGGCCCCGUGCCUGUGCAGGAAAGUACAUUGCCAUGGUGAUGAUGAAAUCCAUUCUCGUUACGCUUCUGAGAAGAUUCCACGUGAAGACAUUGGGAGGAGAGUGUGUUGAGAACCUACAGAAGACAAACGACUUGGCCUUGCACCCAGAUCACACUAAAAGCAUGCUGGAAAUGAUUUUUACCCCAAGAAACUCAGGAAGGUGCCUGGAACACUAAAGAAGGCUGGUCAGUA